AAUAAAUUUCCGAAAUCCUAAAAAAGGAGAAGCAUAAAUAGAACCUCCCUCUCCCCUGCACACCCCUUUUCACCUACUCCACUCACCACCAUCGACCAUCUCUGUCUCCCGCCGGGACCACUUCUCUCGUUUGCAGAUCGCCGAAGACUAGAACGUCCAAUCCGAUCGUCUGGAUCCGUAAAUCUAACGAAAAAACAUGGCCUUUGAGAAGAUCAAGGUUGCAAAUCCCAUCGUCGAGAUGGAUGGUGAUGAAAUGACACGAGUUAUCUGGAAGUCCAUCAAGGAUAAGCUUAUUACCCCUUUCGUGGAGUUGGAUAUCAAGUACUUCGACCUUGGCCUUCCUCACCGUGAUGCUACUGAUGACAAAGUUACUAUCGAAAGCGCUGAAGCCACUAAGAAGUAUAAUGUUGCAAUCAAGUGUGCCACCAUCACUCCAGAUGAAGGCCGUGUCACUGAAUUUGGCUUGAAGCAGAUGUGGAGAAGUCCAAAUGGAACCAUCAGGAAUAUUCUGAAUGGAACUGUAUUUAGAGAACCAAUUAUCUGCAAAAAUGUUCCCAAGCUUGUCCCAGGCUGGACAAAGCCCAUCUGCAUUGGAAGGCAUGCUUUUGGUGAUCAGUACCGUGCCACUGAUGCUGUUAUCAAGGGUCCAGGAAAACUGACUAUGACUUUUGAGGGAAAAGAUGGGAAAACUGAAACUGAAGUGUUCACAUUUACCGGUGAAGGUGGUGUUGCUAUGGCCAUGUACAACACUGAUGAGUCCAUCCGUGCUUUCGCUGAGGCAUCGAUGAACACGGCUUAUGAGAAAAAGUGGCCACUUUAUCUCAGCACAAAGAACACCAUUCUUAAGAAAUACGAUGGCAGAUUCAAAGACAUCUUCCAGGAGGUGUAUGAAGCCAGCUGGAAAUCAAAGUAUGAGGCUGCUGGAAUAUGGUAUGAACACCGUCUCAUUGAUGAUAUGGUGGCUUACGCUCUGAAGAGUGAGGGAGGCUAUGUGUGGGCAUGCAAGAACUACGAUGGUGAUGUCCAAAGUGAUUUCCUGGCACAAGGAUUCGGGUCACUUGGAUUGAUGACAUCUGUUCUGGUCUGCCCAGAUGGAAAGACGAUUGAAGCUGAAGCAGCUCAUGGAACGGUAACUCGUCACUACAGGGUACACCAGAAAGGUGGGGAGACCAGCACAAACAGCAUAGCCUCCAUCUUUGCUUGGACACGUGGACUUGCACACAGGGCAAAGUUAGAUGACAACUCAAAACUCUUGGAAUUUACCGAGAAGCUUGAAGCUGCUUGUGUGGGUACAGUGGAGUCUGGAAAAAUGACGAAAGAUCUUGCACUCAUCAUUCACGGCUCGAAGCUCUCAAGGGACACUUACUUGAACACAGAGGAGUUCAUCGAUGCAGUUGCAGAUGAGCUCAAGACAAGACUUGGCGUCAAAGCUUAAGAAGUUUGGGUCAGUUCCUCAGUCAUAAGUGUCUUAUUUGGUGGGUUUGUGAGAGUGGAAGAAAGAAAUAAAAGAGAGAACGUUUACUUAAUGGGAAUAAUGAGAACGAUUUGUUUCAUCUCCUACAAUAUUUUCCAAACAUUGUGACAUGCUUCCUUUUUUUACUUUUGAAAUUGAUUUUCGAGACUCUUUUCAUUGAUUCGAGUUGAUGUUA